AUGGUUCAAGAAAUCAUAAUUACAGGACUGGAUGGUGUGCCAUACACCAAGUUGGUUGGGGCAGCUAUUCUGUUUGUUCUUCUUCUUAUUCUGUUUGGAAGUUUUACCAACAUUGCUAUAAUUGUGUUCAACAGGCCAUUGCAUUCUCCAAUGUACUUUUUGAUUUGUACAUUGGCAAUGAUUGACAUUAUCUACACAAGCAGCAUGAGUACUACUAUGCUUAAUGUCCUCCUUGGAGAGGAGAGGAGAGUACCGUUUUCUCUUUGCAUGUACCAGCACUUCUUUUUUCAUUUAGGAACUGUUAUGGAGCCCCUCACCAUUACUCUGAUGGCUUUUGACCGACUAAUAGCCAUCUCAUAUCCUCUGAAAUAUAACACUAUCUUAACUAAUAGAAAUAUAUUUCUGCUUAUAGUAACCGUAUGGACAGGUGGUUGCACAUGUCUCAUUGUUGUCUCAUACAUACGAAUAGUUUAUGCAGUGGUGAAAAUGUCAUCUUCUACAGAUAGACAAAAAACAUGUAGUACCUGUAUUUCUCAUAUUACAAGAUUCGAAACCGCCUGA